GUCCUGUCCGUCAAGGCAAAGCGCCUGCUUCAUUGUUCUGAGUUGUAGAUAUUUUUUGGCCAUCGUUAAACCAACCAGAGUACAAUGCAUUUACCAUGUUCACUUCAAAUAAGAUCAUUAAAGGCGUAUUCAUGUUUUCAACCGUUUUUCGCAAGAUUUUUGUCAUCUCAUAUUAAAUCAGAGGUUGUCGAUGGUGAAGUACAAAUUUUGACACUAAACCAUCCUGAAAGCGCCAAUUCACUCUCGUUAACCUUGAUGAAAGAUCUUCUCCAUGCUUUAGAAUCAAUUAAGUCGUCCCAGAGUAUUCGAGCUUUAGUGAUUACUGGUGAAGGAAGAUUUUUUUCGGCGGGACAUAACCUUAAGGAAAUUGUUCAACUAUCUGAUGCCAAUUCGAAAGAAGUCUUCUGUAUCGCGCUACAGAUCAUGAAAGAACUAGCUGAAUUCCCUAUACCAUCAUUAGCAGCUGUAAACGGUCCAGCUGUUGCUGCUGGUUGUCAGUUAGUUGCAGCUUGUGAUCUAGCAAUUUCAGCGAGAUCUGCCAUAUUCUCUGCCAGUGGUAUUAAGCUGGGGCUAUUCUGCAGUACUCCUGGUGUAUCUUUAGUACGAGCGAUUGGAAUAAGAGCUGCUAAUGAAUUAUUAUUGACUGGUAAAAGUAUCAGUGCUGAUAGAGCCUAUGAAUUAGGUCUUGUUCAUCGUGUAGUUGAAGAUGAUAAACUAUAUGAUGCUUCGAUUGAAUUUGCCAAAGAAAUUACUCAACACAGUAAAGAUGCUAUGCAAUUAGGCUUAAAAACUCUGCACAAGCAGAUUCUCUGUGGAUCAUUAAUUUUCUUGUUUUUCUUUUUUAGCUGGUCAAGUUAUGACUUAGAGGAGUCAUUUGUACACACACUAGUUACUCAUUGACUGACUGACGGACAAAAUCAACGUACAACCUCACACAUAAGUGCAUCGGCUCAACCUACCACACUUCAUAGAAGUAUACAAAGAACAGGGGGAUAGAAAAGGAGUGACAUUAAAGUAGAUAAAGUUGUGUGAGAGAAACAAUCUGAAGAUAAAGGUUAGUAUGAAUAUUCCAGCUUUAGAUGUCAGGGAGUGAACACAUCUGCGCUAUUGUGAUCGAUUUCCAGCCAUGUCACCAAGGAAUAGUCUUCAACCAUUGGUUACUUUCGUCUCAGGGACCCCAACCAGGCAGUAUGCAUCUCCUCACACAACUCAAAGUAAUAGUCAGAGAUUUCACUGACUGGUUUGGCCACCCUGGACCCUUUUGCAACCUAAUGUCAUAUCCCCUAGCAUGCCACGUUGAGGUAGGGGGUGGCUCGGCAUGUGCAGUACAUGUCUAAGCCAUCUCAGUCGACUACGUUUCACAACCUCGUCAAUCGACUUCCCUGUCUUGCCUAGUGCCUUUCGCCUGACCUCAACAUUUCUCACACGGUGAUUCCACUACACGCGAUCAGUGCUACGAAGACAUCUAUGAUCAAACACUUGCAACCGCUUCAUGUCGUCUACUUUCAACGGCUAUGUCUCACAGCUGUACAACAGGACAGAACGGACUGAAGUGCAUUAUACCCGUCCUUUGAUAGACAACCGGAUAUCUCGGUAGUCAGCGCCACAGGUGACGUAAGUUGGUAAGUGUUAAAUGGGCUAAUGCAACUCCGUAAGUAGGUAAAGUGAUAGACACAUUCCACUAGGAGUGGUUGCAGGCCAGUCCUGAAGCAUCAUCUUACAUUUGACUAGUGGGAAAUUCCUGCUAAACGCUUUUAGAAUACUCUGUAUUUCUUCAGCGUCUUCACCCAUCAGGACAAUAUCGUUUGCAUACCUCAAUUCAAGCAGAUUACCCUAAGAGAACAGAUCAGUCUCUCAGUCUCAGUCAGACCUAUAUAGGGUUAUGUCCAUGAGUACGUCUAUGACGAAGUUAAAUAAGAACUUUGACAGAUAACAUCCCUGACAACAAGGUAGCGAUUAACAUGAUGGUUGCAUACAUUAGAAGUUUGAAAACUGUUAGGCAAGUGAAUCAAAAUUGCACCAGUGUACAAAAUGCUAAAAUACAUCUCAUUACUUUUUUUAUUCUUCACUGUGCACAUAAAACAUUGAUAAAGCCAAGAUAAUAAGCUUUAUCAAACAGAACAUAUAUAGAAGAUAGAUAUGAUGAUUGUACCCAAGUGAUGUAAAGUAACUAGCUGAAUACUCGACAAAAUACUGUUUUCAUCCUCGUAACUUGGUUUACGGACAGCACCGUAAAGAUGAAAUUGAAUUAAUUAACAGAUAAAACUAACAAAGAGGAAUAUAAGAACUCAGGGAAGAGUUUACAGUUGUAAUCUUUUCCAUACUUAAGGUAAUCUAAGCAACUAUUACGAGCUUUGAAGUGUAUUAAGUCAAGUCUUCAUUCAUUUUCGGUCAACUAUCCGGGGACUUACUAACUCUACCGUAUCCUCAUCCGAUCACCCUGAAUAUUCUCCCAUUUCACCGUUCGUGUAAACACUACACUUCAGUUUGAAGAAGGAAAUGAUGUACGCAUAGUUGUUUGUAGUUUAAGGUAAUUUUAUUUAGAACACAAAAUUUGCACCAAGAAAUGAGUUAUAACAUUUUACUACACUACUACGAUCCAUACUGUUGUGAAUUUCUGACACUACUGGGUCAUUCAGGCGAAAGUAGGUAAAGUUAAAUUUGAAGCUUGGCCUCUUUUACUUGAAAAGCCGAAUGCCUAAAGGCAGUGAACCAAACUUCCUGUUGAUGUAUACUCACUCAUUGAAACACAGGUCGUUCUACUGUUUCAGCAUAUACCACCCGUAGAUCAGUUAUCAAACACCUGCAACCGUAGCAAUAUAGUUUUCUCUCAGUGGCCGUAUUUCACAGUUCAACUGGUGGUAAAUGAAAUAUCCUUUUAAAAUUCCAACCACGUAGACUAAGCUUCCUCACACAGACAAUCGAUCAACCGACUCUACUUGACAUUGAUGAAAUAGCAAUCGUACCACAAAUGAACGAUGACACUAACAAAGUAGCAGUCAGAUACCCACAGCCUUUGCAAAUUCUGUAAUACUAGAAGUUUAUAAACUUCAGGAUCAAAAUUUGGCCUGAUAGAGUUGAAUAAGUUGAGUAUUGAGUAAAUGGAUAAUAAGUGAAAAAUAGUUGUGAAAUUUUAAUGAAGUAGAAAAAUUAAAUUUCUGACAUUGUGUGACAUUGUGGAACUCGUUACUUCAGGGAAUAAAGCAUGUACUAGUUAUCGACUGUUUUUUUUUUUAACAGUAAAUAGUGGCGAAUCAGAUCACAUUGUCUAUACAUUAGAAUAUGAGCAUAAAUGUCUUUAUUAUCGGUUUAUUACUCUGGAG